GAAUUGUCUAGAAUGUCUUUGUAUCCAUAUUAAUGCCCAUGAUUUUGGAAUGAGAUGUUCGAUGAGGUGUCCAUAUACCUUUGGUCAUGUGCUGUGUAUAAUAACCCCAAAACAUAACUAUGUUUGUACUUAUAGGUAACUAGAUCGUGACUACAACUAAGUCUUUGACCACACUGUGUUACAUUGUUCUACAUGAGGGUGAGGACAACAGGGAUGUUCUUAGCUCAAAACUAAGAUUCCAGGGUGGUGGACCUUCUUCCACUGAGAUGUUGAGGAUUGGAGAACCAUGGCGCAGUUUCAAAGCUUGAUAUGGAUAAUGAACCUAGCUAUCAUUUUGACACUUCUUCUAAACAUUCAGCUCUCUAUUGCAUGUGGUAGAGCAGAGUACAGAACAGGUGUUGAAUGCUGUCCUAUGUGUUCUCCAGGAAACCGGGUACAUAAACACUGUACAGAAUUUACAAGUACUUCCUGUGUCCCCUGUACCGACUCCACUUUCCUUGAUGAACCCAAUGGUCUUACGGCAUGCGUACCGUGUACAAACUGUGACCCUGGAUUUGGUUUGAAGGUAAAGCAGUCAUGUACACCUUCAUCAGACACUGUCUGUGGGACACUGGAGGGGUUCUACUGUCUAGACCCAACUAAGGAUGGUUGUAGAGCAGCCCAGAGACACAGCAGCUGUAAACCUGGUCAAUACAUCAGCCACACAGGAACAACAUCUACAGAUACUGUGUGUUCUGACUGUACUGGUGAUACCUAUUCAGAUGGAUCAUUUACAUCCUGCCAGACACACACACAAUGUGAUACCUUGAAGCUUCAGCAAAUUAAACCUGGAACUCAUCAGUCAGACUCUGAAUGUGGACCACAGACCUCCCUUUCCAUGGCUGUAAUAAUAUCUGCUGUGGUGGUGGUGGUGGUGGUACUAGCUGUGAUAUCAGCAGUGACGGCAGUAGCUAUUAGAAGAAAAAAUAAAGGUCCUAUAUCUGAGAGGACUUUCCCAGAGACACAAAGCCGUACAGAGGUUUCAGACACAGAGGGAACAUCAAUGCUGUUUGUGGGAACAAGAACAGAUUCAAGCCUCCAGGACAUUCAUCAGAACAAUCCAGUCUAAUGUGUGGUUCAUUGGCUUGAAAAGUAGACUCGGCAGUAGGGCCCAAUUUCUGUC